GGAGCUAAAUAUUGAAGUUGAAGUUGAAUUACGUAAGAGUGAUCGUAAAUGAUUACAUCACUAAUCAGAAUAAAGCAAUCAGUGAAUAACAUACUCUGAUUGGUCAGUUCUUACGUUCACGACAUAUUUAUGCCAUUGUAGAAUGGCCUUAAUCUAUAGCGGUAAUGUCCAUUUUGGCGGGAUGUGCGGUGUGUUCAGGAUUUCGAGGUAUCUGGAGUUUCUUUUGUCAAGAAUAAGAUUUGAUAUAAAGCUGACGAAAGUGGCCCUAAGUGUUAUGAGUGACAACUUUUAAUCAUCGCUGUAUAAUUAUGUUCUCGAAGAACAUCAAGAUGACUUUAUUAUGCGGCCCGAAGGAACUGAGCAAGUCUUUUAUGUUUGAGCUUUUCCUGGCUGCGCAGGCCGCAAUGUAUUGGGCCGAGGAAGGACGACGUGUCGUUUAUAUUACGCCAGCACCAUUGGAAAGACAACCGGCGGCCUGUCACGACAGAGGCAAUCCAGCAGUCGCGGCUCUCAGGCUGAUGAGAUUUAUCUACCUGUCAGAUUAUGAGAGUCUCGUGGAGCAACUCGCCAAGUUGCACACCUAUGCGGCCGUGCCGUCCGUACUUCUUAUAGAUGACUUGGACAAUUACCUGAAUGACGACGCUGCCGGAAAUGAUGCGAGCGCGCACAUUGCCAGAACCUGCGCCCUGAUACACCACUCGAUGAAGUCAUGCGCACGGGCUCUGAAAAUAAACGUGCACGUGUGCGCGUGGAGCAGUUCGACUCUGAUCGACAAUCUUCUUUCGACAAUUUACUUUCGCAAUAUCUGGAAUUUGUCAGAAGUGGAAGAUGGAAAGGCGAUUCUGUUGGAAGGAUCCGCGCUUGGAUCACCGUUGAAACAGUCGUACAAGUAUCUUAAAUUCGAAGACGGAAUGCGCGUUCUGCAACAAGUGCUUUGCGAUCCGGAGGAAAAUCAAUGAUACGCGGCGUUCCCGUUAAUAAAUUUAUUUAUCCAAGAAUGGCUCCAAUUAGUGCGAAUGUGGUUGAUACUAAAAAAAGAAAAGUUCACAUCAACACGCUUAUUGUGAACGAUGUAUAUUUUACACGGCAAAAGAGACGACGAGAUGAGAGCGGACGGAGUCGAUCUCAAUUUUUGUAAUGGACCGUUCAAUUAACGCGAUGGAGCGCGACAAAGUACGUGAGGUGAUUACAACGCGGCUGGGUGCAAGGUGAAAGUGCAAAGUUUACGCAGAAUGACUGGAUCCGAUCGUUCGGUCCUGCAAAGCAACGGUAAACCAUCUUCGCGGGUGAGGAGGCGAAGGGAAGCAGCGGCGGCGACGACGACGGCGACGGCGGCGGCGGCGGCGGUGACGGCGAGGGAACGAGAGAGAAAGAACGGAGAGCGAGUGCGAGGGAGAGGUGAAAAUCGCCGCAUACCUGAGUGAACAGGUGUGCUGGAGUGGACGAUGGCCGCGGCGCGCGGCGAUGCCCAAGUGAAUCGGAAUCCGCGCCCUUGCUCGAUCAAUUAUCGAAGGUAGAGUUCCGUUGAAACACUGGCACGUCGACAAUGAUAACAACGAUGUCGACGACGUCAACGACAAGGUCUUCAUAUCUCUAAG